GACACCUCUCCUCCUCCUCCUCCUCCUCCUCCUCCUCCUCCUCCUCCUCACUGAUUCUCGGUCUCGCUCUUUGCCGCUGAUCAUGCCCGCUGCCGUCAAACGGACGCUGGAGCAGGCCCUCUCUGGCAUCGAGGGCGAGUUCUCCCUCGACACUUCUGCUCUCAAUGCCCUCGUCGGACGAUUCCACGAACUCAUGGACUAUGGCCUCGCCAACACAGGAGCAGACAUGGCCAUGAUCCCUAGCUUUGUGACUGGUGUGCCAGAUGGCAGCGAGACGGGGACCUACCUUGCAUUGGAUCUGGGUGGUACCAACUUGAGGGUCUGCGCCGUCAAGCUCAACGGGGACGGGACAUUCAAGAUGACGCAGGAGAAAUACAAGGUCUCGGACACUCUCAAGCAAGGCCCCAUCGCCCACCUCAUGGACUACAUCGCCUCCUCCGUCGACACCUUCCUGACAGACAAUGCCGCCUCCUCUGCCGAAGGCCUCGACGAGCUCAAUAUGGGGUUCACCUUCUCCUUCCCCGUCGAGCAGACCGCAAUCGACCGUGGACAGCUCAUCAAAUGGACAAAGGGCUUCAACUGCCCCGAUGCCCCGGGGAAGGACGUCAUCCAGCUCCUCCAGGCAGCUCUUGACCGCAAGCACAUCAAGGUCAAGGUCAACGCCUUGGUAAACGACACAGUCGGCGCCCUCCUCGCACACGCCUACCAGAGCGGCGGAGCCUUCAUCGGUGCCAUCUACGGUACGGGCACGAACGGCGCCUACGUUGCGGACAUUGACGAUGUCAAGAAGCUCACAAUCCACGGCGACUCCAAGCCCAGUCACAUGCUGAUCAACACAGAGUGGGGAGGAUUUGACGAUGAUGCCCAGUCGAGGCAUGAGGGGGCAGGUCUUUGGGUCACCAGCUAUGACAACUACGUAGACCGAACGGCUAUCAGGCCCAGGCAUCACUGCUUCGAGAAGAUGAUCAGUGGGAUGUACCUUGGUGAGGUGUGCCGGGCAGUCAUGAUCUCGUUGAUCGAUCGACUGCUGCUCUUCGGUGGCUACUCGUCAACGGGCAUGAACACACAGUACGGCUUCGAUACGGCUUACGUGUCUGCUGUGCUGGCGGACAAGGACGACACAGCGAGCAAGGAAUCGGCGACGAGGAAGAUCCUCGUCGGGACGAUGGGGCUAAAGGAGGAAGUAGUGAGCGCCAAGGACGUGGAAGCCGUCAGGCGGAUCUGCUCCAUCGUGGCCAUAAGGGCUGCGCGGCUGUCCGCAGUCCCCAUCGCAGCGACGAUCAGGCAUACGGGCGAGGAUAAGAAGCAGGGCGGGAAGGAGAUCAAGGUGGGCGUCGACGGGUCAGUGGUGGAGUUCCUGCCGGGAUUCAAGGAGGAGAUGAGUGCGGGGCUGGUGGAGAUGUUGGGCAAGGAGACAGCGGGAAGGAUUCAGCUGGGAUACGCGAGGGAUGGGUCUGGCGUCGGAGCAGCGCUGUGCUCAUUGAUGGCAUUCAAGCAGCAACAGGCGGGUCACGUGUUGACGUCGUAGCGAGGCGAGGCAGAUGGAAGCGCAAGAUAGCAAUGCAAAUACAUCAUAGUAUGGUCAACGAGAAUUAUCG